GGUAUUUUUUAGUACAUUGUAUUCAUCAGCUGUUUUGGCGGCUACAUCACGCCUUAUAAUUCAAUAAAUUUAGGUUUCUGAAAGGGCACGGACCUGUCUCCCCCAAAAUGGUGGCCAUACAAUUGUUUAAUGAAAUCGGCAGCAUCUUCCGCAACACUCCCACGUUUGCCCUGGUUUUGGAAACUCUACUGCUCAUAACCGUAAUCUGGUUACUCCUUCACAAGCGAGGAGGCGGACGGCGCCGCCAGUUGUCUAAAGAGGAGGAGGACCGGAUAAUUGCUGCGUAUGAACCCGAGCCGUUGGUGGCAGACACCGAUCCCAAUCAUCCACUGCUCCGCACCCGCAUUGUCCAAUCAAAAGUGGGAAAGCACAUCAAGGUCGAUGGACACGACUGUCUGAAUCUGGGAUCCCAUAACUACCUGGGCUUUCUCGAGGACCAGGAAAUUCUGGAGGAGGCUUGCAAAUCCCUCCGCAAGUACGGUGUUGGUUCCUGCGGACCUCGUGGCUUUUAUGGCACCAUGGAUGUGCAUUUGGAUCUGGAGGAUCGCAUUGCCAAGUUCAUGAACCUCGAGGAGGCUAUCGUGUACUCCUAUGGUUUCUCCACUGUGGCCAGUGCUAUUCCUGCUUACGCCAAACGUGGCGAUAUUAUCUUUGUAGAUGAGGCUGUUAACUUUGCCAUUCAGAAGGGUCUUGAUGCCUCGCGCAGCACAAUCGCUUUCUUCAAGCACAAUGAUGUCCAGGAUCUGGAGCGUCUGCUGAUCGAACAAGAGAAGCGCGACCAAGAGAAUCCCAAAAAGGCGCUCAAGACACGGCGCUUCCUCGUUGCCGAGGGUAUUUAUAUGAACACCGGUGAGAUUUGUCCGCUUCCCGAGUUGGUUGCCCUGCGACAAAAGUACAAACUCCGUCUCUUUAUCGACGAGAGCAUCUCCUUUGGCACUUUGGGUAAAGGUGGACAUGGAGUUACUGAGCACUUCAAUGUCGAUCGUGAUGAAAUCGAUCUGAUAUCGGCAGGAAUGGAAGGAUCCAUGGCAACUGUCGGUGGCUUCUGCGUAGGAUCGCACUUCAUAGCCGAGCAUCAGCGACUCUCUGGCUUGGGUUACAUCUUCUCGGCCUCCUUGCCGCCCAUGCUCACCCAGGCAGCCAUUUCCGCCCUGGAUCGCUUCGAACGUGAACCGCAGAUCUUCGAGCAGUUGCAGUCCAAGGCCAAGUCACUCCAUGAGAAGUUUUCGGGCUUUAGCAAGCUGACCCUGCGAGGCGAUGAGUUGUCGCCAGUGAAACACUUGUACUUGGCCCAGCCUGCCGAAAACUUUGACGAGGAACUUAAAUUGCUCACAGAGGUGGCCGAUAAGUGCAUUGCUAAAGGUGUGGCUGUGGUGCAAUCUGCCUAUCUUCAGAACAGAGAACGCAAACCGGUGCGUCCAAGUAUCCGUAUCGCCGUCAACCGAUUGCUGGAGGAUUCAGACAUAGCCACCGCAUUCGAGGUCAUUGAGAGUGUUUCCAGCACCGUCCUUUAAGUAUUCCUCUUGAAAAGAACAAAGUUUCCCGACAAGGGCCUUCCUAUUAAGUUUAUAGGCCUACAGGCUCUAUUCUUUUUCCAGUCACGGCCAGUCCAGUAUGAUUUAUUCAAGCAAAACUAUUGCUAGCCUCGCACCUACUAUUUCGUUAUGAGUUUCACUACAUUUUAUUAAUGACGAAAAAUCUAGGAAUAAUUCCAAUGAUUACAAGUUUGAGAUAAGAGCUGGUUUAAAAAACUUGUAAGGUUACUUCGCUUCUUUUCUUAUACAUACAUGCAAAGGUGUUGCCUAUCGCACCAAAAAUCACGCACUUUUUAAUUAUGUUAAUAAAGAUAGUAUAAUGUGCGCCCGCAUUACUUUUAUCGGAGCAAAAAAACAAUAAUAAAAUGUUAAGCUUUAAUAAAGUAAAAAUCGCAUUGUG